UUACGUAUCAGGACAGGAGACGGCAUGGCGAAUAAAGACCCUGGAGGUUUUCUACAGCAGCUGAGGCAGAUAGCAGGGAGAAUGUCCUCCGGUCCUAGAGGCGCUGGACUGGGAGUUAAACUGCUCAUUGGAGCAGGAGCACUUGCCUAUGGAGUGAAAGAGGCCACAUACACAGUGGAAGGUGGUCAGAGAGCCAUCAUUUUCAACAGGAUUGGGGGAAUGCAGAUGGACACUGUGCAGACAGAGGGACUCCACUUCAGGAUACCAUGGUUUCAGUAUCCUAUUAUUUACGACAUCCGAGCAAGACCGAGGAAGAUCUCUUCGCUCACUGGAAGCAAAGACCUUCAGAUGGUGAACAUCGCUUUGCGUGUUCUGUCUCGCCCCAUGGCCUCCAACCUGCCCACCAUGUACCAGCAGCUGGGGAAGGACUACGAUGAACGAGUGUUGCCCUCGAUCGUUAACGAGGUGUUAAAGAGUGUGGUGGCCAAGUUUAAUGCCUCUCAGCUCAUCACUCAGAGAGCACAGGUGUCUUUGCUCAUCAGGCGUGAGCUCAUUGAAAGAGCCAAAGAUUUCAAUAUCAUCCUGGAUGACGUGGCCAUCACAGAACUGAGCUUCAGUAAGGAGUACACAGCCGCCGUGGAGGCCAAGCAAGUCGCCCAGCAGGAGGCUCAGAGAGCCCAGUUUUAUGUGGAGAAGGCAAAGCAGGACCAGAAACAGAAAAUCAUUCAGGCUGAAGGAGAAGCCGAAGCUGCUAAAAUGUUGGGGGAAGCUGUUACGAAGAAUCCUGGCUACCUGAAGCUGAGGAGGAUCAGAGCUGCCCAGAACAUUGCCAAGACGGUGGCUCAGUCACAGAACAAGGUGUACCUGAAUGCAGACAGCCUUGUGUUGAAUCUCCAAGACGACUCUUUCAACAAUUUAUCAUUGGGGAAGUGAAAAUGACUCGCCCUGGGAAAGCAUACGCAUUCCAUACAUUAGCGGACCGCGGUGACCCGUUGUAUCUAUCAUCGUCGUUAUGAGUGUCUAAACUCCUCAAACAGUGCCUGUCUCUGCAGCAGCGGUCUCAGUUUGGACUGGGUUGGGUGGCCUGAAACAACACACACACACACACACACACACCAGCAGUAAGCACUUUGGUCACUCAGCUCAACAUAAGAAUUUACAUCUCAGAAAUGUUUCGUAGCACUACCAUACGGAAGAGUGGACAUUAACGUCAUCAGAGAACACAACACAUACAUUUUUAGGCCUCAUACGCUUUCUGUGAAAUUUAGUCAUCAGUAAAGAAUUGAUCUGAAACAGGAUAUGGUGCAAGUAACGUGAGAAGGUCAAGCUUUAAACCCAUGGCUGGUUAUGCUAAUUUUCAUUUCAUGUUGAAAAGAUCACUCUUGUGAAAACUUAAAUAAGGUGUUCUGAAGAGGCCACUCAACUAGAAUGUUGCUGACUGUUGUUUACAGUAUGUUUUCACACUGUGUGUUUCCAGCUGUUAAGUUCAAAGGGUUUUUUUUUUUCUUCCCACCAAUCAGUGUAAACCCUGGCAGAGACCGAAGCGCUGAAGAGGUGUUUGAUUAAAUGUUAUGUUUUGGA